CGGGGACCCCCGGGGCACGGACCCGGGCAGAGAGCCCCCAGCCCCAUCAGUGAUCCCCACCAGUGACCCCGGGAUGUGCCCCCAGCCCCAUCACUGACCCCGGGAUGUGCCCCCAGCCCCAUCACUGACCCCGGGAUGUGCCCCCCUAGCCACACCCCCGUGCCCCGGGCUGGCACAGCCCCGCUGCCCCCGGGAUGUCCGGCCGGGGCCGGGCGGGUCCCGGAUCGGGUUCCAGCGCGGGCGGGUCCCGGGGCGGGGCGGGGCGGGUCAGCCUCGUCCCGGCCCAUCCCCAUCCCUGUCCCGGCCCCAUCCCCAUCCCAUCCCUGGUCCCAGCCCUGUCCCCGGCCCGCCUCCCGCUCCGCUGGCCCGGGGCUCCCGCGCCCGCCCGGGAUGAGCGGGCUGCGGCGGCUGUUCCGCGGCAGCGGGCGGGCCCUGGCCUUCGUGUUCGCCGCCUCGGUGGCCUGGCUGCUGCUCGACAUGGCCGCGCUCCGCCUCUCGCUCGGCGAGGCGGGCGGGCGGCUGCUGCGGGAGGCGGCGGGGCGCGGGCCGGGGCCGGGGAUGGGGCCGGGGAUGGGGAUGGGGCGGGCGCGGCCCCGGCCCCGGCGCGGCCCCGGGGUGCCGGCGAAGGCGGCGGGGGAGGCGGGAGCAGCCCCCGGGAGGAGCGGGGCCGGGGGCCCGGGGCCAUCGCCGCCGCCCCGCCAGCCCCCGGGCCCCGGCGGCGGGACGGGCACGGCGCUGCCCGGGGCCCGGGACAGCGAGCAGCGUCCCCCCGGCACGGCCGGACACCCCGGCCCCGCAGCGCGGGACAGCCAGCAGCGUCCCCCCGGCGCCGCGGGACACACCGGCCCCGCAGCCCAGCCUGCAGCAGAGGAGACAAACACGGGACGCGGAGAAACUCCCUCCGAAACUCGCUUCAUCCCCAUUAGCACCGGGGGGAUGAGCCCCGCCAGCAACGCAGCCCCGCGCCGCGGGCCCCAGGCUGCGGGGAACGCCACAGGGAGACGGGGACAGCACAGAGAACUUGCUGACAAGAGCAGCGGUGGUGCCCACGCUGCCGCUGCCACUGCUGGGGCCACCGCCGUGGGUGGCAGGAACCGGACGCUGGGUACGACGCCAGGAGCAGCUAGGACGACACUAGGAGCAGCUCCUACAGUGGCUGGCACUGGCCAGGAUGGGCAGGAACAGAGGAAAACAGCUCCUGGAGCAGCUGGGACAGGCCAGGAUGGAGAGAAGAAGAGGGAAACAGCUCCUGGAGCCACUGGGACUAGCCAGGAUGGGCAGGAACAGAGGGGAGCAGCUCCUGGAGCAGCUGGGACUAGGCAGGAUGGGCAGAAGAAGAGGGAAACAGCUCCUGGAGCCGCUGGGACUAGCCAGGAUGGGCAGGAGCAGAAGAGAGCAGCUCCUACAGCAGCUGGGACUGGCCGGGAUGGGCAGGAACAAGCAGGGGGCAGCCCAGGGAUGCACAGAGUCCUGUCCAUGGAUGCAACACUCGCCCCGAGAGACCCCCGAGCUCCCGGCCAGUUUGGACACCCUGUUGCUGUCCCUGAUGAUAAACAAGAAGAAGCAAAAGGCAGAUGGAAAGAGGGAAACUUUAAUGUCUACCUCAGCGAUCUGAUCCCCGUGGAUCGAGCCAUCCCAGACACCAGGCCGGCCGGGUGCUCCGAGCAGCGGGUGCAGGACGACCUGCCGAGCACCAGCAUCAUCAUGUGCUUUGUGGACGAGGUGUGGUCGGCCCUGCUGCGCUCCGUGCACAGCGUGCUCGGCCGCUCGCCCCCGCACCUCGUCGAGGAGAUCAUCCUGGUGGACGACUGCAGCACCAAGGAGUACCUGAAGGAGCAGCUGGACGCCUACAUGUCGCGCUUCCCCAAGGUGAAGAUCCUGCGCCUCCGGGAGAGGCACGGGCUGAUCCGGGCCAGGCUGGCGGGAGCUGAGGUCGCCAGAGGUGCCGUGCUGACGUUCCUGGACUCGCACGUGGAGUGCAACGUGGGCUGGCUGGAGCCGCUGCUGCAGCGCGUGCGCCUGCGCCGCACCAAGGUGGCCUGCCCCGUCAUCGAGGUCAUCAGCGACAAGGACAUGAGUUACAUGACCGUGGACAACUUCCAGCGUGGGAUUUUUACUUGGCCAAUGAAUUUUGGAUGGAGGCAGAUUCCACAAGAGGUCAUUGAGAAAAAUAAGAUGAACGAAACUGAUAUAAUAAGGUGCCCUGUCAUGGCAGGUGGCCUGUUCUCCAUUGAUAAGAAGUAUUUUUCUGAGUUGGGAAUGUACGACCCAGGACUGGAUGUCUGGGGAGGGGAGAAUAUGGAGAUUUCAUUCAAGGUCUGGAUGUGCGGAGGAGAGAUCGAGAUAGUUCCAUGCUCCAGAGUCGGGCACAUUUUCAGGAACGACAAUCCUUACUCCUUCCCCAAAGACCGGGUGAGGACAGUGGAGAGGAACCUGGCACGGGUGGCAGAGGUGUGGCUGGACGAGUACAAGGAGCUGUUCUACGGCCAUGCCCAGCACCUGCUGCGCAGCGCCCUGGAUGUCGGCGACCUGAGCCAGCAGACGCGGCUGCGGGAGAAGCUCGGCUGCAAAAGCUUCCGCUGGUACCUGGAGAACGUGUACCCGGACCUGGACGCUCCGCUGGUUAAAGCCAGUGGGCUGCUCGUUAACGUGGCCCUGGCGGGGUGCAUCGCAGUGGAAGGCACCAGCCUGGCGUUCGAGGAGUGUGACAUUAACAAGGCGAACCAGAAGUUCAACUACACGUGGCUGAGGCUGAUCCAGCACGGGGAGCUGUGCUUGGCCCCGGCAGGCGCCGUGGGAGCCGUGGGGCUGCGCCGCUGCCAGGGCAGGAGCCGCAGCCUGGCCUGGCUCCACAGGGCGCUGGCCAGCGCCCAGCCAGGGCUGACCGACCACCUGGUCUGGGAGCAGCGGCAGCUCCCGCAGCCCGCGUGCCUGGAGGUGCAUCCCUCGUACAGAGCGCUGCGCCUCAAGGGCUGUGACCCCAGCAGCCCUCACCAGAAGUGGCAGUUCAGCAGGUACCACGCGGACUGAGGGCAGCCCUGCACCAGGGCUGCCACGGCGUCACCGCGGGCUCCGGGGACGGCGGCGGCGCUGACCAAGGGGGAAGUGCAUUUCUGUGAUGUGGCACCUGCACGUGGAGGGAUCCGAACACCCGGAGGAGCACGUCUGCAGGGCCUGAACAGAGCAGCGUCAUUUUCCUCUCUGCAGGAGACUUUGGGAUAAACUCGUUUUCUGUAUUAUUAAAUGGAAAUAUUUUUUGAAGUCCCCAUCCUACUGUAAGCAAACAUCACUCAGCUGCCCCCAACAUAUCCUACAGAAAUACUUCCAGGGCCCUGUAAGUCUGUAAGCAGCAAAUUGGGCUGCUCAUUCCUCCGCAGAAACUGGAAGUUUCUCGAUCAAUGCACCAAAAAAAUCCAGCGCCGUGUCCUCAGGGAUCUGGCUGCAGGAUCCCUCCCUGUGGGACGUGCUGUGUGAAGGUGAGGAUCAGGGCUCUGAGGAGUCACUUGCACACCAAUGGAGCCCACAUUUCAUAGUGGGAGGUGGGAGGGGGUCAGUCCCACCCAGGGCUGUGGACAGGCCUGGAGCAGCCCUUCCCUGUGCUGGGGACAGAGGGACACAUGUGCCUUGCUUGGCUUGGUGGGGACAGGAGCUGCUGGAGCAGGGAACCAGGGGUUUAUCCUGCUGCACUCCAGGGCCAGCCGGGAAGCUUCUCUUCCCAGGGCAGCCAAGGUGUCCCACGCCAGGGCUGCCAGGAGCCCAGCCCUGUCCCCAGCCCCUGUGGCUUUCUGGGGGCUCUCCAGGAGCCCUGCUGCUCCCUCAGCCCAGGCUGCACGGCACAGCCAGGCUCUGCACACCAGGCUCCCUCUGGACUCACUGUCACGGGCACUGUCAGUGUCUGUACUGUACAGUUCUUAAUCUCCAAGAUCCGGCCCCAGUCAGCGAUGGGAUGGAUUUGAUGGGAGGGUAAAUCCUGUGUGCCAAGGUUGUAGAUGCAGAGUAAACACCAGGCAGGGUUUCCAGCCCUGCUCCCACUGGGAAUUCCUGCUGGGGGAUGCUGCUCCCGGAACCCUGCAGGGCUGCAGUGGGAGGCAGUGCUCUCCUCCUGCCCCACUGCCCUGUGCUGAGCUGAGGGGCUGCUCCAGGCAGCCCUUGGGAGCCUGGGCUGAGCGUGGCACCCCGUGCUCAGGUGGGCACAGCCGAGCCCCAGCCCUGCCCCACAGCCCUCCCUCUCCUCUGGGUGUGCACAGGGCCCGGGCACAACACUGCCUCUGACGUGGUGGAUCAGCGCUGACAGCAUCUGACAGGCUCAGUCUGCCAAAAUAUUGACUGGCCCAGCAGAUUUUCCCAGUUGACUCCCAUUCCAACUGUCUUCCUGAUUUUCCCUCCCUCCUUCAGCGCAGCUAGCCCGCAGUCACCAUCAGAAAAAUGACACAGACGUUGUUUGGGCAGUCAGCUCGUAUCAGGAGCAUGAAUUUCAUCAAACUCUGUUUGCUGACAUUCAAUCACUUGUCACCGAGCAGGCGGCAGGCAGUCAUAUGUCACGGUCACAUCCCAUCGCCAGCCCUGUCACUCGCGCGCCGCUGCCCCGCUCCUGCAAAUGCUCACUUCCCUGCUGGAUCUUUGCUCAGCGGCGGCGGGGUGCCUGGGGGCUGCUGGCAGUGAGCUGGUGCUCAGUUCGGAGCGCAUUCCCACGGCACCAGUCAGCCCAGUGUUCCAGAAAGGAGAGCAUUUUCCGGCAGCCCGUACCCCGGGCUGCAGCGGGGCCGGGGAGCGAGGCACCGGGGGAAACCGUGUGUGGGGUGGGGACAGCAGGCCCUGCUGCCCCCGGUGGUAAAAAAUAAAUAAAUAAAAAUAAAUGAGAAUGGA